AGGAGCAGCAGCAGGCGGCAGCAGGCGGCAGAAGAAGUAGCAGCAGUUCAGGAAAAAGAGGGGGUCGGGGGCUGCUUCCACUUUAUCACCGGCAGCUACGGGGGGGGGGGAAAGGGUGCGAAGGAGAGCACCGGGACGAAGAGAGCCGACUGCAGCGCCAGUGAUCGGGGGCUUGAGAGAGAGAGAACAUUCCAGCGGAGGAGACAUGAGCGCAGCCUGCUCCGAGCCUGCGAGACGGGCAGCGGGGGCUCGUUGACUCCGGGACCUUACCCCGCUCCUCUCUCUCUCUCUGUCUCUCUCUCUCUCUCUCUAUCCCUCUAUCCCUCCCUCCCUCCCUCCACAGCUCCUCUGACUUACAGAGGGGAACCAAAAGUCCUCGCGCUCCGCUUGAAAAGGAAAUCCCAAGAUUCCGAGAUGGAGGAAGGAUAUGAACUCGACCUCACAUAUAUCACAGAGCGCAUCAUCGCCGUGUCCUUCCCCCGGGGUUGCUCGGAGGAGGUCUACUCGCACAACCUGAAGGAUGUCACGCGAAUGCUCAAGUCCAAGCAUGCAGAUAAUUACCUGAUUAUCAACCUCUCAGAGAGAAGACAUGAUCUCUCUAAAAUGAACCCGAAGACCCUGGAUACAGGCUGGCCCGACAUGCAUGCUCCACCUCUGGAUAAGAUCUGCACCAUCUGUAAGGCCAUGGAGAGCUGGCUCAAUGCUGACCCUCUACAUGUGGUGGUCAUACACUGCAGGGGCGGAAAGGGUCGAAUAGGUGUCGUCAUUUCAUCAUUUGUGCAUUUCACCGAUGUUUCAGCCAGUGCUGAUCAGGCGCUGGACCGCUUCGCCAUGAGGAAAUACUACGAUGAUAAGGUCUCAGCUCUGAUGACACCUUCGCAGAAGCGGUAUGUUUGGAUCCUCAACAGUCUUCUAAGUGGAUCCAUGAAGAUCAAUGCCUCCCCCUUGUUCCUGCACUGCGUCAUCCUUCAUGGGAUACCAAACUUCGACGCCACCGGAGUAUGUCGUCCGUACAUCAAGGUCUACCAGGGAAUGCAAGCAGUGUAUUCAUCUGGAAUCUAUCAUAUUGGUCCAGGCCACAGAGACCGGGUAUGCAUCACCCUGGAGCCGGCCCAGCUUCUAAAAGGGGACAUCAUGAUCAAGUGCUACCACAAGAGCGACCUCACUUCCGAGCGCGGAGUUAUUUUCCGGCUACAGUUCCACACGGGAGCAGUGCAGGGCUACAGCAUGAUGUUUGAAAAAGAGGACAUGGAGACCGCCAGCAAAGACCCCAGAUUUCCAGAUUACGGCAAAGUGGAGCUGAUGUUCUCCGAGGGACCAGAGAGAAUCCCAGGUGCCGACAGGUGGCAAAAUGGAGCAGAUGUUAGCGUGGACUACAACACAGCAGACCCUCUAAUCCGCUGGGACUCCUACCAGAACAUCUGUGAUGGUGAAGCGCCACGCUCUCAAGGCCUAACCCAGGACAAAGCCGCUAACAAGAGGAGCCCCAGCGGAGGAGAGGCGACGCUGGGCCGAGGGGCCCGCACAACCUCCACCACUUCCAGCCCUGACCACAGCGACCACGCCCUCUCCGUCAGCAGUGACUCUGGCCUGUCUAGCACUUCCCUGUGGGCAGACAGACCCACACCCACCACCGCUGCCACCGUCAGGGCAAACCUGGGCCCCAGCCAGCACGAGAAGGUCCAGUUGAAGCGCCUCCUUAGCGGUUUUGGUCUUGAGGACCCCUCACUGGAGGAGAUGGAUGAUCAAGGCCCCAGGGUGGGCAUCCAGCAAAUAGUCCCAGCCCAAGUGCACAUCAACGGAGACCCCCGUCCCAAAGAGAGGGAAACGGACAUCUUGGAUGAUGAAGUCAUCACAGGUCACGAUCUACACAGCGUGGACAGUUUGGGGACCUUGUCGUCCUCCUGCCACAAGAGCAGCCAGAACUCCCUGCUGUCGGACGGCUUUGGAAGUCCAGGAGGAGAUGAGCAGCAGAGCCAAAGCCAGCACAGCCUUCACCAUCCAGCACCCCCUCCCAUGGAGGAAUAUGAGAGAGCCUAUGCCGAGGCUGGAAGGGGUUGUCUGAGCUCCAGGAGCAACUCUGUGGCCUCCUCUAAUCCCAGUAGCGCUCCCGUGCCCAAGCAGCAUGUCUACAGACAGGGAAGUUACUCCACACAGUCCUGGGUUCGCCAGCAGCAGAUGGUCGCUGCACAACAGUUUAUCUACAUGCCAGAGGAGGGAAAUGAUGCAGAGCGAUACCCGGGAAACAAGCAGGGGAGCAGUUUGCCUAAAGCAGGCCUGCCCGCCGAGCCACAGGGCCCUGCCAGGGACACGACGGCGGAUGCUUUGAGGAACGCAGCACCCCACAAGGAGCAGACAACGAUGAACAAUAACAACAACAACAAACAGGACGAGGAGUUCAAAUCUUUAACAAUGGACAUCGACAACUCCAUCGACCAGCUCAACCAGCUAAUCAUGGACCUGGACCCCACAUUCGUGCCGGUCUCGAGCCACGGCAGCUCCAUGAAGAGGAACGGCAGCGCGCACGUCAGCAGCUCAGUGGGCAAAUGCUCAAACGGCAUCGACGAUAGUAACGCGGCAACCCUGACAAACACACAGCAGACAGCUGUCCAGUCCAGCGAGGGGCGAACGGGCGUCACGCGGAGUCUGAGUCGGCAAGGUAGUGACGUCACGGAUCAGCCCGGCUUCUGUAGUUCAGGGUGGCGUGGGCCCGAGGAGUACAGGGGCCAGCGGACGUAUUCCCCCUGUGUGCCACAGUCCCAGCUUCGCAUGUUGUUCAGGAGUGACAGCGCAGACUUCAGGGCCCAGGGCCCAGACAUGGACGGCAGAGUGGAGGCCGGGAGUGACAUGGCUCCACCCACUCCUGCCUUCCCCAUCUCUCCACCUACGCCGUACGUGAAAAAUAUGUCCGAAUUGAAUCACCUCAGGCAAACACCUUCCCCCAGCAUGCAGUCAUACGGAGGCUACAGACCAGACCAUGAACCCCGGGAAUAUUCGGAGAUGAUUGGCCAUGUUGGCGUUGAAAGUUUGCCAGACUCCUCCAUCAACUGCCACAGGACGCUAAGUGCUACACAGUCUGCCUCUAUUGUCGGGACCCUUCAACGGACAGACAGCUCAUCCAUGAACCAGUCCUGGCCCGAGCAUCCUGUCCUGAGCCGCCACUCCUCCCUGAGCAGCUACACCUCUGCCAGACAACCACCGCAGCACUCCAUGUCACUGGACUACGACCACCACUCUGCUCCCCUGCACCACCCCCACAUCCACCCCGCCCCGAACGCCCACAGCUCGCCCCGGAGCAGCCAGCGGAGCUGCAUGGCUCGCUACGCCCUCGGCCACAGUUCGGGUCAAAGCUUUGACGAGCAGGACGACUCCAGGGUCGGCUACGCCUCAGACUGCCCGAACUCCAGCUCCUCCCUGUUGGGAAACGGAGGCAUGGACAGGGACCUUAUGAUGUCCAUCGACAGGCAGAUUCAGUCACACACGCCCCAGGUGCAGCCCCCACUUCUGCCUGAAAAGAAGAGGGCGUCGGACGGGGAGCACUCGCUGGGAACAGCCUCUCCAGCCCCCAGUGGGUUCUCGAGUCCCCACAGCGGGAGCUCCGUUAGCAUCCCCUUCCCCAAUGUCUUGCCUGACUUGUCAUCUCAGACAUCAGGCACAGCCUCACCUCUGCCAGAUGUACUGGCCAGCAAGCAGGUUACCGUCAAAUUUGUGCAGGACACAUCAAAAUUCUGGUAUAAGCCAGAUAUCUCGAGGGAUCAAGCCAUUUCAGUCCUGAAGGACAAGGAGCCCGGCUGCUUCAUCGUGAGGGACAGCCACUCAUUCAGAGGGGCCUAUGGGCUUGCAAUGAAAGUGGCCACGCCCCCACCCUCUGUUCUCCAACAGACCAAGAAAGGAGGCGAUCUGUCCAAUGAAUUGGUUCGCCACUUCCUGAUUGAGUGUACGCAGAAGGGAGUUCGGUUGAAGGGUUGCCCCAAUGAGCCAUAUUUUGGGAGCUUAACCGCAUUGGUCUGCCAACAUUCAAUUACUCCGCUGGCUCUGCCCUGCAAACUCAUUAUACCUGACAGAGAUCCUCUCGAAGAUGUUGUGGAGAAUACCUCGCAGACAGUCACCAACUCUGCCGCUGAGCUGCUAAAACAAGGGGCAGCCUGUAACGUGUGGUACCUGGGCUCAGUGGAGAUGGAGUCCCUGACGGGCAUCCAGGCAGUGCAGAAGGCCACCAGCAUGACUCUGAGCACCAACCCUCCACCAACCUCCACCGUGGUCCACUUCAAAGUGUCCUCCCAGGGAAUCACCCUCACUGACAACCAGAGGAAGCUCUUCUUCAGGAGGCAUUACAAUGUCAACACAGUCAUAUAUUGUGCAUUGGACCCUCAAGAUAGAAAGAUCUUCGGCUUCGUGGCGAGGAAAAGCGGCACUUCCAUGGACAAUAUAUGUCACCUGUUUGCAGAGCACGACCCCGAGCAGCCAGCGAGCGCCAUCGUCAACUUCGUCUCCAAGGUGAUGAUAGGCUCGCAGAAGAGCAAGUAGGAUCAGAGACGAUCACCUGGACAGAUUCUGACUGACUGAAGCAGGAAGCAACAAAUAAAGACAGAGGGGACUAAAGACGGCGAUGACCUGAAUUUUGACCCUGGAUAUUAACUGGAUAUUAUAUACAUUCUCCUCACUUACCAGCACCAGGACAUUUAACUACAUCUUUUAAUAGGAACAUAUAAAUCUUCUUUUUAUUUUCAUUUCCUGUAAAAAUGAACUGUAAAUUAGUAAAAUUAUAUAAGCCAACUUUAAAAAAAAAGUUAUCUCUACUGAUUUACAACUUUAAUGUCUUCUACAGAUGGGUUUAUAAUUACUCUCAUCAUAUUUGAAGCACAUAACAUAAAGGCUGCUUUUCUUAUUCAUCAAAGAAUUUUUUUUAAUGGACAAAUCAAGAAACAUUUGCAUGGAACUUUUUUUUCUAUAAUAUUUAACCAAAACAAGCUUCAUUCAAGCUAUUUUAACAUCCUUGUACAGUUGUAGCCGAUGUAGAAAAACCUGUGCAAAGGAAGUACAGCAAAUAUGUAUGAUUUGGAAUCUGGGACAGGCUACAUCACAAACGGGAUUAUCUUAUUUUAUCUAUGCAAUGUAAAUUUGUAUUUUUUUUAAAAACCACGGCCGUCUGUACAUGUGCAGCAUGUACGUCGCCUCUCUGAACUUUUUCUUCCUAAGAUGUAUGUGAAUAUGACCACUUAUAAAAGCUGUCAGCAACAGUGUGCGUGUGUGCAUGUGUGUGUACGUACCUGUGUGCGUGUGUGCUGAAAUGAGAGGAACCCUAGAAAAGUAUUUUAAUGCUAAUAUAUAUAUAUAUUGACUUGACAGGAGUUGGCUAAAAACACAUCAGUACUUUGUGUAGAAGUGGAAAAUUUGACUUUGUUUUUGCCCUCUUUGUGGGGACACUAGUACAACUGCAGUGUCUCAGAAUCAAAAAAGUGUGUACACAACUCUGUACAUUUAAUUGGACUCACAGGCGGCGGUUAUGUCGAGAGAACAAAUGCCGUCAUUGCGUUAGUGUUUUAAAAAUUCAGCGUUGGAUUUGCACAAAUAAACUUUAGUAUUUGACAAUAUUCAGCUGGUCAUCCGUCAAUGACAUAUACAAUAUACCUGCUCUCGGAGAAAUAUAGAAAUGUUUAUUAUCCCAUAUCUGAGUGUUUGUUGACAUGUAUAUGAGAUGAUGACCAAAAAAAAAUCCUUUAAUCUAUUUUUGAGUGUUUGGCAGACAUUUUAUUAUAUCGACAGGGACCAAGCACCAUAAAAUGAAGCUCUGUUUAUAUUCUUACAUUAAUUAUGUACACAUUUUGUUAUGUUGUUAUCAUCUAUUAUCUGUACCUCAUACUUAUCUCAUACUAUACUGUGCCUCUGUUUAUAUAACAUGCUACAUGUGAGCGGUUCAUUUGUAUAUUGAUCUUGCGUUGUUUGAUGUGUUCUGUAAAUAAACAAAACAAAACAUUUAUGUAA